GGAGAUAAGAAGAGGUGAAUUGCGUAUCCUUUCAGCAGCCUCCUGUUAAACUUGGAAUACCGCAGUUCAGGCGAUUGAACAGAUGGAUAAUGGAGACUGGGGAUAUAUGAUGACUGAUCCAGUCACGCUAAAUGUGGGUGGACACAUGUAUACGACAUCCCUCACAACUCUAACGAGAUAUCCUGACUCAAUGCUUGGGGCCAUGUUCAGGGGAGACUUCCCCACUGCCAGGGACUCUCAGGGCAAUUACUUUAUUGACAGAGAUGGACCACUUUUCCGUUAUGUUCUUAACUUUUUAAGGACCUCAGAGCUCACUUUGCCUUUGGACUUCAAGGAGUUCGACCUACUUCGGAAGGAAGCGGACUUCUAUCAGAUUGAACCGCUAAUUCAGUGUCUUAAUGACCCCAAGCCGCUGUAUCCCGUGGAUACCUUUGAGGAGGUGGUGGAGCUGUCCAGCACCCGGAAGCUUUCCAAGUACUCCAACCCAGUGGCUGUGAUCAUCACGCAGCUCACUAUCACCACAAAAGUCCAUUCGCUACUGGAAGGCAUUUCAAACCACUUCACAAAGUGGAAUAAGCAUAUGAUGGACACCAGGGACUGCCAGGUUUCCUUCACUUUUGGGCCAUGCGAUUACCACCAGGAAGUGUCGCUCCGAGUCCACCUGAUGGAGUACAUCACAAAGCAAGGCUUCACGAUCAGGAAUACCAGGGUUCAUCAUAUGAGUGAGCGUGCCAAUGAAAACACAGUGGAGCAUAACUGGACUUUCUGUAGACUGGCACGGAAAACAGAUGACUGAUUCUGACUCCACAGGAGCCACUUCAGUGAUUAGCAACUUAAUCGGACAGUAAAACCCGAGAGAGUCUGGAUUUUGACUAAAGCAACAAUGUGGGCUUUUUUUAUAUGACUAUUUAUUGUUUAUCAGCAAGGACUGGAGGAGUUUCAUUCUCUAGCAGCUCUGUCCUUUUGUCCUGUUCAGAAAAAAAACAUGCAUGUGCCUGUUCAGUCAAGACACCUUUUUGUUUGAAAGAGGGAGUCCUUAAGAAUUAGUACAAUAGGGUAUUUUGUGUCAUUAACACAAUUCUCUGACACAACUUAAAGUGCUAAAAUUACCUCUGUUUAAGUGGUUUCUAAUCCAUCUAAUGCUACGAUACUGGGAGCAAGAAACAAACAGAAUAUAAGAUGCAGUUGGGGAAAAGCUGCUAUCAUGUAGACUAAUUUAGUUUCUAAAUCAAUAAACAGUAUUGUAAUACUCUAGGAAAACAAAUCCCACCCUUUAAAAGUACUUGAUAAGUACAGUUUCUUACAGUUAUGACAACUGUUUCUUUCUAUGCAUAUAAAUCAAGCAACCAAAUAUUAUCUGUAGCCAUGGAAAUAUGAUUAGAAAUAUUUAUAUUGGAUUCUAAAUGCAAAACGUCCCUGUGGUAGAGUUCAUAUUUUUAAUGCCUGGUGCAAUAUUAUUCCCAAGUGUAAUGCCUGCCAGCAAGAAGCUAAUAAA